AUGGCCGCAAAGAAAUCUAAGCCGGCACGUCGUGCGAAGACAAAAGCGGAAGAGGAAAAGCCGAAACCGUCAUGGUGGUGGGCUUUGGUGGCCGUAGUAGUGGCGGUGGCGGUAGGGUACGUCGCCUUUCUGAAGGGGUCGUCGGCUCCCUCACAUGUGAUGUCGUACUCUAAUCGCGAGCCCUUGGUCCCGUUUCCCUUGCCGCCCCUACAUGAUUUGCCUUCCCACCCUCUCUAUGAAGAAGACACAGAGAAAGUCCGCGAGAUUCGUACAGCCUUUGCCAAGUCGUGGAAUGCGUACAAACGCCAUGCAUGGGGGUAUGAUGAAUUUCAUCCUCUCUCAAAAAGCGGGUCUAAUCUGCUAGGAAAAGAUGAUGCGCCGCUGGGAUAUACCAUGGUCGAUGCUUUGGAUAUGCUUAUUCUCCUGGGCAUGAAGGAGGAGUACGUGGAGGCACGCGAAUGGAUUCGAACGACGUUGCAUUGGGACAUUGAUGGGCGCCUGAAUGUGUUUGAAACGACAAUUCGUGUGCUGGGCGGCUUGCUCUCUGCCUCGGCACUUAUGCUUGACCCACCAGCAGGCGCACUCCCUCGCUCGUUGGACGAUGCUCAGCUGUUUCUUGAUAAGGCUGCGACGCUGGCAGAGCGUAUGCUGCCGGCUUUCCAAACACCAAGUGGGAUCCCUAAGCGUGAAAUUAAUUUGGCCACAGGUGAAGCAUUCUUUGAUACAGACAACAGAAAUGCUAGUAGUCUAGCGGAGGCUACCACCAUCCAGCUCGAGUUCAAGUAUCUUGCCGAACGACUUCAUAAUGCGACGUACUGGUCGUUGGCGGAACGACCAAUGCAAGUCGCGCUGGAUCACAGCAAGCCACCUGAGCCGGGUGUACUACCGAUCUUUGUGGAUCCGAUUUCGGGUCAGUUUUAUGCAGGCGAGGUGCGGCUAGGAUCCCGUGGCGACUCGUACUAUGAGUACCUGGUAAAGCAGUACCUCCAAACGAACCGGACGGAAGAUGUGUACCGAGCUAUGUAUGAGCAUGCCUUUAGUGGGAUCAAAGCGUUCCUUCUGGGCAAAGUAACAUCGGUGACACCACCCUUGGUGCACACGUUGGAAAUGUUCCCUCGUCAGACCAUGAUGAUGGAGCUGGAAUGGCUGCGACGGACCAAGCAGGACCAUCUCGUUUGUUUCUUAGGUGGGACGAUGAUGACUGGCGCUGCCGCUCAGACUUACGGCCCUCUUACCCCACCCAUGGCGGUGCCAGGCAUUCCUGCAGCGCGGUGGGAAGAUUGGCAGGUAGGUCACGAACUCAUCCGGUCGUGUGUGGAUACCUACACAGCCUCGGCCACCGGCCUUGGCGCGGAGAUUGUGUUUUUCAAUCCGCCUGGCUACAGUGAGCCCAAUGGGCGUGCAUGGCGUGUGAAACGAGCAAAUCGGGCGUUGGAUCCUUACGCGGAAGCUCUGAUCGAUUCGCGCAACAUCCUGCGCCCUGAAACGAUAGAGUCGCUGUAUAUCGCGUUCCAGCUCACGGGUGAUCCGGUGUACCGUGAAUGGGGCUGGACUAUUUUCCAAAGCUUCCAGCGCUGGUGUCAAGUGGAUGGCGGUGACGGCGGUUAUGCAGGCAUCGACGAUGUGGACAGUGUCGAUCAUCAGCAAAUUGAUCGCAUGGAGACAUUCUGGCUCUCAGAGACGCUAAAGUACUUCUAUCUGCUCUUCACCAAGCGAGAUCUAUUGCCCUUCCAUCAGUGGGUCCUCAACACCGAAGCUCAUCCACUGCCGGUCUUUACCCCGACGUUCCUGACGCAUGUAGAAUGA